CGGACUCGAGUUCUUGGGCUUUUACAUCUUUUUCUGUUCGUCGUCUGGUCACCACCCUAACUGAAGCGUUUAUGAGGGAGGUUGGGAUUUUGCGCUAUGUGGCUGAGGCCUUAGAGGACUUCAAGCUUGUUGGUACACCUACCUAGGUAGGUAAUUCUGGAUUGUUGGCGUCAUGGUAUUCCAUCGUGCAUUUACAUCUAGUUUCAGUGUUUGGCAUGGAUUCUUUGAGAGCUGGAGGUGAAGUGACAGCAGGAAAGUCCUUUGUUCAUUCACUCAAUGCGGGCCUGGAACAGUGGUUAUGGCGGGUGGAAGAUGUUCGACAGAUGUGUUGUCAUGCUCAGAGACCACUCUAGGACUGGACAGAUCGGUGUAUGUAGGUAUCGCACAUACAUGCAUGCAUACGCUAUGGAGAGGCCGCAAGCAAUUGUGUACCAAAACGAUAUCGGAGCUGCUCCCCGGCCGGAUUGCAUUUAAAAGCUCCGGGCUACCAACUCUGAAGCCUACUGAAGGAACAAAAAAGUGUGAAAUCGACCAACAGGACGCAUCAGCAAAGCUACUACCAAACAAAACCCCUACAGCGUCCAGAAUGGCUAACAAUACUGCGAAGGAGCACGAUGGUCACUAUCAACCAGCGCCAGACAAAACAAUGGCCCUGACCUACCGCGACGAUAUCCUGUCCGAGGUCAAGGCCGAGGCCGGGGCCAUGUCCGGGUUCAAGUGGCCGUGGAAAGAUGUGGACGAGGGCUUGGACCGGGAGUCUGAGCUAGAGUCCCGAUUCAACACGUACCUGAAUGUUGUCUCGAGUACCGCUAUGGGCUCUGGUGGCCUACCCGCUGACUCUAGUCCGCAAGACGCCGCAGGCAAGAAGUCCAUCCUCUUCUCACCAGAGUUGACCCAUGUCCGCAGCAUCGAGGCGAAGCUUCUUGACUUCAGCACAACGCACGGAACGAAGCCAGGGGGCCAAAAGCGUGGACCCAUGCCCAUACAGACGCCCCUUCAACGAGUGGUCUAUGACUGCGGUUGCAGCGGAAACCAAUGCUCAGCGCAAAGAGGCCUGCAAGACGAUCGCCGUCGGCUUCCAUUGCUGGGUGCUGCACGAGGACGCCCGCGGUCUCACCCAAUUCAUUUUCCGCGACUACCAGAGCAAGCUGGUUUGGCUAAAGACGGCUCUCGGAGAAUAUAUCGAGGGCCUUCAGGUUCUUAAGCAGGUGGAAACAGAGUCGCCUGGAAUCGUCGCCGAGGUUGCCGCCGACCCUUCUCACCCCGGCAGCACAACCAAGCUGGUCCAUCGCGGACGACGCGUCACCUUGGGCAUCUUGCUGAAGGCCAUUCUGAGAAAGCAGGACAAGGUGGC